AUGACGAAUCCCCUGAGAGAUGUUCGCCCGGAGGAUCGUCCUCUUGGUCUAGAGUACUCGGAUCCGCGAUUCAGGGCGAAUCAUCACCAGGUGAACGGCAAUCCCUCGGGACACAUAACCAGCACCAUAAGUUCGAGGCUCAGGAAAACGAGAGGGUCAUCCUCGCGCAGAAGAAUGCACUUGGCUGGUGACAAUCCAAACUCCACGAGCUCUUCCAACAAUCAGCCGGUGCCUGACUACGCACUGACUGCUGAUCUCCUCGCCGAACGAACCCUCGACGGGCUCCUGGCCGAGCAUCCUGGUGAACUCAUCCGAACAGGUAGUCCACAUGUGGUCUGCACGGUCUUGCCCAAUCAUUGGAGAUCCAACAAGACUCUACCCGUGGCGUUCAAAGUCGUCGCACUUGGCGAAGUUGGUGACGGGACUAUCGUCACAAUCCGAGCUGGUAAUGACGAAAAUUGCUGUGCGGAACUUCGGAACUCAACGGCGUUGAUGAAGAACCAGGUGGCCAAGUUCAACGACCUGAGGUUUGUCGGUCGAAGUGGUCGAGGAAAAAGUUUCACGCUGACCAUAAUGCUGCAAACAUCACCACCGCAAGUGGCAACAUUGUCCAAAGCAAUUAAAGUUACCGUCGAUGGACCACGAGAGCCAAGAUCUAAAACGAGACACCAGGCCUUUCAUCCCUACCACUUCGGACCACGGCCAUUUCCCUUCGGACAUCCGCAGGAUCCGUUGGGAUUCAAACUGUCCGGACUCCAACAUCUGAGUCUUGAACAAAACGGUGGCCAGUGGGGUGGACCACCUCGUGGUUCGCUGCCUCCUCACUGUUUACCACCGCCUCCGGGUCACCUUUCGCAGCCACCACAUCCACCGACGGGCGCCACGUCGGCUUUUAAUCCGUUCCAUCAUGCCAUUGAGCAAAGAUCUCGUCUCCCAGGCCCAACUGCUGAGUCCAGGAAUGAAUUGGCGCCACUGAGUGUAUCUGUACGGGAAGUCUCGCAAACAGAGUCUCCGAGUACAGGACCAGGGUUACUGACCACAGCAGCCGUAACUUCACCAACUCCUCCAGCUGAACCGGCAACUCCGAGUCCAUCUGGACACCACCCCCACUUUCAAGGUCUUCAUUUGCUAAGAGCCAAUUCACUAUUCGGCUCAAUAUUUGCGCCCUUUCUACCCCAAUCAUCGUGGCUCUACAAUCCACUAUCAACUUAUCAGCAGCAGUACAUCCUUGAUCCUGAUUGGCAUACUCUGGCUCUGCGAAUGGCCCAGCAGCGAUUACAGAGACCUGAUCAAGCGAGCCUAGAAGAUCUAAGGAAGCUGAGAAGUUCAAGUGACAGCCCCCAGGCAGAUGGCGACGCUUCCAAAGACGGGAGACCUGACGCAGAUGGUGACCAAGAUGUUGACGCUGAUGCUGAUCCUGACCCUGGCAGGGACCUCGAUAGUCCUGAUGGCAGCAUCGAAGUCGAUGAUCGUCAUGACCAGGAUCUCAAGGUAGAGGAGGUCCGGAGUGAAGAUUCUCUGCAAGCUGAUUCUCCGUUGCUGUCUAAUCGCAGCGACCGUGAUAACAGCAUCAAGGACGACGAGACCUUUCUAGCAAAACGUCUCAGACCCACCGUCGAGAACCUCAAUGAGGAUCUAGAAGAUCAUCCAGAACACCGGCACGAUUUGACGGUUAAAAUAAAGCUGGAGGGCACCGUCGACCUGAGCACAAAACGCAACUCGGACAAAGAGAACAUGGGCCAGGACUUGACCACAAGGAAAAAGGACGAGGACAUUGAUGAGAGGGAAUCGGUUAGGCCGCGCAAAGACAGGAGUCCUAAACCGAGACAUGUUUGGAGACCUUAUUGAUGCGAAGGUCACAGUCGCUUUUUAAAUUUAUUUGGAGGUUCAAGG